UCAUUUUUAAUCAAAACUAUGGCCUUCUCCUUCUAUGUAUCCUUUCUCUUGCUGGCGGUGUUUCUUACUUUUGGCUCGCUAUCCGCCGAGGCUGCCAUAAAGAAGUAUCAGUUUGAUGUUGGAGUGAAGAAUGUGAGCAGACUCUGCCAUGCUAAGCCAAUAGUUACAGUUAAUGGGAGGUUCCCCGGGCCAACUGUCUAUGCCCAAGAAGGGGAUAGAGUCAUCAUCAACGUCACAAACCAUGCACAAUAUAACAUCUCCAUCCACUGGCAUGGAUUGAAGCAAUUCCGAAAUGGAUGGGCUGACGGUCCAGCAUACAUUACUCAAUGCCCGAUCCAGAGUGGUAGAAGUUACACCUACGAUUUCAAUGUUACCGGACAGAGAGGAACAUUGUGGUGGCAUGCUCGUAUCUUAUGGUUGCGUGCCACUGUCUAUGGUGCAAUCGUGAUCAUGCCAAAGGAAGGAGUUCCGUACCCAUUCCCACAGCCUCAUGCAGAGACGGAACUGGUGUUAGGAGAAUGGUGGCAUGCAGAUGUUGAAGAGGUUGAGAAGCAAGGCAACAUGCUUGGGCUGCCUCCAAACAUGUCGGACGCUCACACGAUUAAUGGAAAACCAGGACCUCUCUUCCCAUGCUCAGAGAAACAUACAUUUGCGAUGGAAGUUGAAUGGGGUAAGACCUACCUCCUUCGAAUUGUCAACGCUGCUCUCAAUGACGAGCUCUUCUUUGCAAUUGCCGGUCACAACAUGACGGUGGUCGAGAUUGAUGCAGUCUAUUGCAAACCUUUCACCACCAGCGCCAUAGUAAUUGCACCUGGUCAGACCACCAAUGUUCUUGUUAAGGCUGACAAAACCCCCGGAAGAUACUUCAUGGCCGCUAGACCCUUCAUGGACGCCCCGAUUGCCGUAGAUAACAGAACUGCAACAGCUAUUCUUCAAUACAAAGGCGUCCCAACCACUGUGAUCCCAAUGCUUCCUCGACUGCCCGCGCCGAAUGACACCAAUUUUGUCAAUGAUUUCCUUGACAAGCUCAAGAGUCUAAAUUCUCCCCAGUUUCCUGCUAAAGUGCCUCUUAACAUCGACAGGCAUCUCUUCUAUACAGCCAGUCUGGGGAUCGACCGGUGCCCAACUUGCUUGAAUGGAACCCGGCUCACUGCAUCCUUGAACAACAUCACAUUUGUGAUGCCCAAAAUUGGGCUGCUCCAAGCUCAUUACUUCAACAUCAAGGGAGUGUUCAGGCCAGACUUCCCCGACAAGCCGGCGGCAGCGUUCAAUUAUACCGGUGCACCCCUCACGGCGAACCUCGGAACAUCGUUGGGCACCAGGCUUAGUAGGAUUCCUUACAAUUCAACGGUUGAAUUGGUGCUGCAGGACACCAACCUCCUCGCAGCCGAGUCUCAUCCUUUCCACCUCCAUGGUUACAACUUCUUUGUUGUGGGGAGGGGGAUCGGAAACUUCGACGCAGAGAAAGAUCCGGCGAAGUUUAACUUGGUUGAUCCACCGGAAAGGAACACUGUUGGUGUUCCUACAGGAGGCUGGACUGCAAUCCGAUUUAGAGCUGACAAUCCAGGUGUUUGGUUCAUGCACUGUCAUCUAGAGCUGCAUACAACCUGGGGGCUUAAGAUGGCAUUUGUUGUGGAGAAUGGAAAUGGACCGGAAGAAUCCAUCUUACCUCCUCCGAAGGACCUGCCGCCAUGCUAGAAAGCUGCAGGAUGAAGCGUCUACUUGCAGUCUCGAUGUCCUGCGAAAGUUGCAGGAGAUUUGUUUAUGACGAGUUUUCAAGGAUUACUCAUCGUCCAUUUGUGUAAUUUGAGCUUGUCCUGAGGCUCUGUGCAAGAGGCCUUUUUGGGUCAAUAAGAUGCCCUACCGAAGAUAACCAACAAGUUUUACGUAUUCUUUUGUUAUUGACUGUAAGGCUCCAAGUAAUUAUUUGCAGGACUACAAUAAAAACUGUUAUUCAUUUGCAAUUGGUUGCAGAAGCAUGAGGUUGAUAUGUAAAAGAUUGUU